UCCCAUCAAAUUCAAUUUUCAUCAUUCCCCCUAGGCUCUAUCUUUUUUCCAACACAAUAAACUAAAAUAAAAGAAUUCCUUUGUUAACUUGUUCACUAUUUAAUUUCUUCCUGAAUUUUUUCAGUUUGACACCAAAAAUAUGACGGGGUUUUUCUCUUCAUCCAAACAUUCAUCACCUCCACAUUCUUCUCAUAAAUUAAGUGAGACUUUAAUGGAGGACACUUUAAAGAACGUUGAACCAAUUAUUAGAAGAUGGGAUCUUGAUGGGUCCAGUUCUAAUCUUUUCCAAGAUAGAAGAGCAGAAGUUAAGCAGUUUCUUGACGCUGUAAUUGACUUACAACAUGCCAUGCAAUUUGUUGUCAAAGAAAGUUCAAGCUCCCAAUUGCUUGUUCGACCUCAAAAUCUCAUGCAAGUCGCCAUUAAAAGACUUAAAAAAGAGUUUCACAUCAUUUUGUCUAGAAAUCGAUAUUUCCUGGAGACGGAAAGUGUGUCAAGAGGAUCUACAAGGUCUAGUGGUUCGGAUGAAGAUCAAGGUUCUGAAGAUGAUACUGCUGAGAUUGAAGCUCGCUUUGCCGAGGUUUCGAUUGAUGAAGGUGAAAAGGUUUCUGUAGCUACGGAUCUGAAAGCUAUUGCUGAUUGUAUGAUUGAAGCUGGAUAUGGAAAAGAAUGCGCCAAGAUUUACGAACUUAAUCGAAAAUCCGUCAUUGAUGAGACAUUGUAUUACUUGGGUAUUGAAAGUUUUUGCAUUUCAACAGUUCAGAAAAUGGACUGGAAAGUUCUGGAGAAGAAAAUCAAGAUCUGGUUGAAUGCGGUUAAGGUUGCUGUUAUUACACUAUUUCACGGCGAGAGAAUUCUCUGUGAUCAAGUAUUUUCCUUAUCCGACAAAAUCAGAGAAUCUUGUUUCACUGAGAUUGCUAAAGACAGUGCUGUAACACUAUUCACUUUCCCUGAAAUGGUGGCGAAAUACAAGAAACUAUCUCUGGAGAAAAUGUUCCGUAUUCUCGACAUGUAUGACUCAAUUUCUGAACUAUGGAGCGAAAUCGAAAUGUUAUUCGGAUUCGAUUCUACUUCCGUUGUUAAAUCUCAGGCGAUGACCGCUAUGACCAAACUCCGAGAUGCUGCUCGAGCUAUGCUCUCGGAGUUUGAGUCCGCAGUUAAGAAAGACUCAUCAAAAGUAACGAGCGGUGGUGGCAUUCAUCCUCUAACACGUUACGUGAUGAACUACCUUAUUUUCCUCAGUGAUUACAGUGGACCUAUCUCCGACAUCAUCGCUGAUUGGCCGGCGGUGGUAAAGUCACCGUUGCCGGAAUCUUACCUAUUGAGUCCAAUUGCCGAUGAAGGCGACGGUACGGUUUCCGUUAGACUAGCAUGGCUUAUCCUUGUUCUUCUCUGUAAACUUGACGGCAAAGCUGGGUUCUACGGUGACGUGCCGUUAUCCUAUUUGUUCUUAGCGAACAACUUAAACUACGUCGUUUCGAAGGUUCGGGAAUCCAGCUUGAAGCUUCUAUUGGGAUCCGAUUGGCUUCCGACCCACGAAGCUAAGGUAGAACAAUACAUGGCAAAUUACGAGAGAAUGGGUUGGAGUAAAGUGUUGACGUCACUGCCGGAGGAUUCAACGGCUGAGAUUUCACCGGCGGAGGCGAUCGAGUGCUUCUGUAAAUUCAAUUCGGGUUUUGAAGAGGCGUACCGGAAGCAAAGUUCGUGGGUCAUACCCGACCCGAAACUCCGUGAUGAAGUUAAAAUUUCAUUAGCGAAGAAGAUUGUUUCGGCUUAUCGGCCAUUUUACGAGAAGCAUGUUGGGAGUGUUGGCGGAGUGGAGUCAAUUGUCAGAUUUGCCCCUGAUGAUCUGCAAAAUUACUUAUCCGAUUUAUUUUAUGGCACUGGUUUUUCAGAAAAUGGAAGUACGACGGCACACGGGUCAUCUUCACCAUCAACUUCCACGUGGACAUCUCCAUCACGUGGACGUUAAUAAAUAAUAUAUUUUUUUUAUUUCAAUUUAUACGACAUUGUUUAAUUUUUGAGACGUAUUUAUUCCUAUGUAGGCAUUGUAUAGAGUGAAUGCAGACCAAAAUUAUUCUGUGAUCAUUUUUGUGUAUAAGAAACAAAAUUAAUUUGUUCAUUUUUCA